AUAUAGUGGAAGGUGUCUCCUCCCAUGGCAGUGGGGGAUGGGACUAAAUGAUCUUAAGGUCCCUCCCAACUCAAACCAUUCUGUGAUUCUACAGGGAGCUUUCUUUCCUCAAGAAAGCAUGCCAUUUUUGGGGCAAGACUGGAGAUCCCCUGGAUGGAGAUGGGUUAAAACAGAAGAUGGAUGGAAACGAUGUGAACCCUUCAGUCCUGCACUCGAGGAUGGGAAUAAUCAGUUGAAUGAUAUUGGUCACACUGUUCUAGCCACUGUGGAUACAAAAAACUACAUUGUCUGGAAGAGUGUUUACAUCAUAACUGGUGAUGAUGAGGAUGAAGCAAUAUACAGUACUGAAGAUUGUGAGUUUGCAGCCAAGAAAAGGAAAAAAGAUCAUUGUACGGAUAACACGCAAUGCUUUUAUCGUGAAAAGUGGAUCUAUGUUCAUAAAGAAAGCACCAGGGAGUGUGUUUAUUCUUCUUCUCAGAGACAUGGCUAUUGCACUUUGGGAGAAGCUUUUAACCGCUUAGACUUUUCAAGUGCAAUUCAGGACAUCAGAAGGUUCAAUUACGUGGUCAAACUUUUGCAGUUAAUUGCAAAAUCCCAGUUAACUUCACUGAGUGGUGCAGCACAGAAGAACUACUUCAACAUUUUGGACAAAAUUGUGCGGAAGGUCAUGGAAGACCAAUAUAAUCCACGAUUAAUCAAAGAUCUUCUACAGGAUCUGAGUUCUACUCUCUGUAUACUGAUUAGAGGAGUAGGAAAAUCCGUGUUGGUAGGGAACAUCAAUAUUUGGAUUUGCCGAUUAGAAACUAUCGUUCUAUGGCAACAACAACUAAAAAACCUUCAGAUGAACAAGCAAGUCAACAAUGGUCUUACGCUUAUCGAUCUCCCUCUUCAUAUGCUGAGAAACAUCUUACACAGGCUCUCUGAUGGCUGGGAUGUUGUUACUCUGGGUCAAGUGACCCCAACUUUGUACAUGCUCAGUGAAGACAGACACUUAUGGAAAAAACUCUGCCAGUACCACUUCGCAGAAAAGCAGUUUUGUAGGCAUUUGAUUCCAUCAGAGGAAGGUCACAUUGACUGGAAGCUGAUGUACUUUGCACUUCAGAAAUAUUACCCAAUAAAGGAACAGUAUGGGGACACCUUGCAUUUCUGUCGACACUGUAGCAUUCUGUUUUGGAAGGACUACCACCUUGCUUUGUUACUCAAGGAUACGGGACACCCCUGCACAGCCAGUGAUCCAGACACCUGUCUCAUGCCAGUAUCUCCUCAGCAUUUCAUUGAUCUCUUCAAAUUCUGAGAUGUUCAGUAGCUGUUCUCCUGUGUUUGUGGCCAUUUUUGUGAAGAGUCAGGAAGGAUGCGUUAUGCUUUUUGUGCAAUAUAUUUAAGUGUGAUGUUCUGUUGUAGUUUAAAACAAAAAAAGAUGUGGGGGGAAAUUAUCAGACAGGUUUAUUUGGUGUAUUGCUUUUGGGUAGAAAAGAGCUGAGGAGAAGGAGACGCGUCUUGGACUUCUUUUCAAGUCCAAGAAAGACCAUUUUAAUCUCAACUUUAAAUCCAUUCUUUUGGCGCCUUAAUAGUUGGUUAAAAUUAUGUGGGGGAGUUUUGAAAAUGAUAUGGAAGAGUUGAACUGCUUUCACAGGGACCAAAGGAGGAGUUUUUUGUUAAUCUUUCUUUCUUCAAGCCACUGUUUUCAAAACACCUCCAUGUAAUUUGCACUAUAUUAAAGAAUACGCCAAUAUUCUCUUGGAUUCUUAAUAUAUCAGUUACCAAGGUGGCUUUAAUCAUUGUAAGAUAGUGAAUGAAAUAUAGCUGUGGUGGUAUCUGUUAUUGGACGUAUGAAUGAAGGAAAUCAACCAGUCUUUGUACAUACAUUAUGCAAAAGCAUUUAUUUUUCUUAAGGACUUUAAUAAACAUAUAAUCUAUCUCAGCACACCCUGUGUAACUCGAGAUCUGGGGCUACUGCAAAGUGAUUUUUUUUUUUAUGGUAGCUACAGCCUUCAUUUAUAUUGUUUGUCUACAAAUGCAACUGCAUUAAUUCAUCUUCUAAGAAGAAGAUAUUACUGAAAUUUACUGAGAAUGGAGUUGCUUGUUUCUAGACUGGUACCCUGGCAGGACAUACCACCAGAGGUUCUAACCUGACAAGUCUUUACAAGCUCUGGGAAACCCUGAGUGUCAGUCUGACCUGAAGCAGCUUUGGCCAAGUUAAUCAGAUGAUAAAUUCUCCAGGAAGCUAUCUUCUUCUAUCCUGUAGAACAAAAUUAAUUGCUUGGCUCUGGGCAGGUAAAGGAAAAAUUAGGGAAGUUUUGGGUUUGUCAAUGAAACUUAACAAAUAAUAUGUAAUUUACAGAAAAAAUAAAUCAUGUACUAUAUUCUGCA